AUGGAUUUAUUCCGCUCCGGUCGUCUGGAAUACCAUAGUUUUAACUCCCCCGAGGAUGACGACUUCUUCCAUUCUAUCCAAAGUGACCCAGUAGCCUUCACAAACUCAUGUGCAUCACUUAUACGACCUACGACCCGCCAAUUCACUGAAAAUAUCAAAAAAUACAUCAUUGACAACUCAUUGCUGUUUGUGGUUAUCUACAGAACCGGCUAUGAUGAGCGCAUCGGUACAAUCUUCUUGAAAUCUGCAAGUUCAGAUAUGGCACAUCAUCGUUGCUCGGAAUUCGGUAUUGAUAUAAAGAAGGAAUAUCAAAGUCAAGGAUAUGGCGCCGAGGCAAUCAACUGGAUGCUUGACUGGGCAUUCAAGAAUGCUGGUUUGCACCGGGUGGAGUGCAAUGUUUUUGGUUGGAACGCUCGUGCACAGAAUAUUUACCAGAGACUUGGCUUCCGGGAGGAGGGACGGAGAAGGGAGUGCUUGUUUAGAGAUGAUAAAUGGUGGGAUGAGGUGCAUAUGGGAAUCCUUAAGAAGGAAUGGCAACAAAUCAGACAGUGA